GUAGCAAUAGAUUAGAUACAGCAUAUUUCUGUUUUGGUGUGUUGUUUAUUGAAUUUCAGAAAAAAAAUCACAUUACUUUUCUAACCAAGUUUAGAGGUAAUAUAUGAAAUUGAGUAUUAAAUAGAUAAGUGGACUUACUCAAAAGGCUUGGGCUACAGUUACAGAGUAUCAGUUCUUGGGCACGUUGUUAAUACUAACUUUAAUGCAUAUUGUGAGACUGUCUUGGUUUGGAGGAAGGAGAGAGCUAGCUCAUUCUUCGUUUCUGAGAACAAAACUGCAAUGGAUUUAGUGGCAAGCCUAAAGAGACUUCUGCUUUAUGUUCUUGUAUUGCAUCUUUUAAAUGACUUUACAGGGGUUUUAGUGAAAUGGACAAAAGUGUGCUUUUUUAAAAAAGGACCGUUCUGGCUAAAGUGUGUUUGUGGGGAAGUCUUUCAUUAAACUUCACAGUUAAAUAUCCAGCAGCUCAGAACCGUAGUAGCAUACAGCUGUAGUGCUUCUGAAAGACAGAGAUCAGUUAUGUGUUUAAAAACUUUUGUACCCGGGAGAAUGGCUUGACUGGUUUCCUUUUUUCUUUCUCGCAUGUAGCAUUUGAAAUCUUUUAUUUCAGCAUAACAAUAAUUAUUUGAAGGAGUUUUUGUAUUUGCGACUAAUUUAGAACUUGUAGAUUUGAGCUGCCUGAAUUGGCCAGACAGCUGUAAUCGCACUCCUCUAUUCUUAAUCUCUUUAUCUGGGCAGCAGCUGCCAUAUGGCCACAGUCAGCUGGAUCAGAUGUUUAUAAGCUUCCUUCUUCGUCCCUCUCUGUCCUUUCAGCCUCCUAAUUUGAUCACAGCUACCUUGUGAGCUGCCCUCCAAUCUUUAUUUUUAGCCCUCUUAAGGAUUAGGAUUGAUGUUGGCUGUGGGGCACUUAAAGUGAUUGUAUUGUAAAUCUUCGUGCUUUACUCUAGCAAUGGUAUUUUACAGAAAAUAGUAAGGGUUCUGUUGUAAGUUUUAGUACAUCUUGGUUUGUGAGGGAUGAGGAUUUUUCAAUAAUAUCUGCCAGCUUAGAGAGCCACAAUCUGCUGAGAUGGUUUGGGAGAGCGUUGCUAUUUAUCACAGAAGAAUAGAUUAAGACAGGUUUUUAAGCAAUUCUACUUCCUAUUUGAGUUUUGACUUCUCUACUUCUUUGAAGUUUAUUUUUUCUUUAUCAUCAAGGAAGGUGAAUAGAAAAAUACUUGGGUUAUGAAGACAGUAUGGAGUUUCCUGACCACAGCAGACAUUUGCUACAGUGUCUGAGUGAGCAGAGACAUCAGGGUUUUCUUUGUGAUUGCACUGUUCUGGUAGGAGAUGCCCAGUUCCGAGCGCACAGAGCUGUGCUGGCUUCAUGCAGCAUGUAUUUCCACCUCUUUUACAAGGACCAGCUGGACAAAAGGGACAUUGUUCAUCUGAACAGCGACAUUGUUACAGCCCCAGCUUUCGCUCUCCUGCUUGAAUUCAUGUACGAAGGAAAGCUCCAGUUCAAAGACUUGCCCAUUGAAGACGUGCUAGCAGCUGCCAGUUAUCUCCACAUGUAUGACAUUGUCAAAGUCUGCAAAAAGAAGCUGAAAGAGAAAGCAACCACAGAGGCAGACAGUACAAAAAAGGAGGAAGAUGCUUCAAGUUGUUCAGACAAAGUGGAGAGCCUCUCCGACGGCAGCAGCCACAUGCCAGGAGACUUGCCCAGCGAUGAAGACGAUGGAGAAGAUGAAAAAUUGAACAUCCUGCCUAGCAAAAGGGACUUGGCGGCUGAGCCUGGGAACAUGUGGAUGAGAUUGCCCUCAGACUCAGCAGGCAUUCCCCAGACUGGCGGAGAGGCAGAGACGCACGCAGCAGCAGCUGGAAAAACAGUAGCCAGCCCCUGCAGCUCAACAGAGUCUUUGUCCCAGAGGUCUGUCACCUCCGUGAGGGAUUCAGCAGAUGUUGACUGCGUGCUGGACCUGUCUGUCAAGUCCAGCCUUUCAGGAGUUGAAAAUUUGAACAGUUCUUAUUUCUCUUCGCAGGACAUGCUUAGAAGCAGCCUGGUUCAGGUGAAGGUGGAGAAAGAGGCUUCCUGUGAUGAGAGUGAUGUUGGCACUAAUGACUAUGAUAUGGAACAUAGCACUGUGAAAGAAAGUGUGAGCACUAAUAACAGGGUACAGUAUGAGCCGGCCCACCUGGCUCCGAUGAGGGAAGAUUCGGUCUUGAGGGAGCUAGAUAGAGAGGACAAGGCAAGCGAUGAUGAAAUGAUAACUCCAGAGAACGAGAGAGUCCAGGUGGAAGGAAACAUGGACAGCAGCUUGCUCCCUUACGUGUCAAACAUACUUAGCCCCGCUGGCCAAAUUUUUAUGUGUCCUCUCUGCAACAAGGUCUUUCCUAGCCCCCACAUCCUGCAGAUCCAUUUAAGCACGCACUUUCGAGAGCAGGACGGGAUCCGCAGCAAGCCUGCUACCGAUGUCAAUGUCCCGACCUGCUCGUUGUGUGGUAAGACUUUUUCUUGCAUGUACACCUUGAAACGUCAUGAGAGGACUCAUUCAGGUGAAAAGCCCUACACUUGCACCCAGUGUGGGAAGAGCUUCCAGUACUCCCACAACCUGAGCCGCCACGCAGUGGUUCACACACGGGAGAAGCCUCAUGCUUGUAAGUGGUGUGAACGCAGGUUCACGCAGUCCGGAGACCUAUACAGACACAUUCGGAAGUUUCACUGUGAGUUGGUGAACUCAUUGUCUGUCAAAAGCGAAGCACUGAGCUUACCUACUGUCAGAGACUGGACCUUAGAAGAUAGCUCACAAGAACUUUGGAAAUAAAAUUUUUAUAUAUAUAAAUAAUAUAUAUAUAAAUCUAUAUAGUUGUGGUACAGUCUAAAAGCAAUCUUGUUUCCUUGAACUGAAAGUUUGGCUAUUAGCUUGUUUUUUGCACUUUAAGGCAGCAUGAAUAUUUCACUAAUUUAACACUCCGAUAAAAAUGAACUGUAGAGGUAAUCCGACAAAGUAACAAAUUACAGAGUGUAUUUUUCCCCCUUUUCGGAAUAGAAGCCAGCGGAUACUUUACUUCUAAGGAAUCUCCAAUUCAAAAAAAUUUGGAUGUGGCUUUAUUCUCCCCAAAACACUGCAUUCUUUUAAGCUCUCAAUCUUUUUCCUGUUAAAAUCUGAAUGUAGAAAUCUUCUCCCAAUUUUUGUCAGUUCCUUUACAUUUCUAUAAUUGCAUGAGUCCUUUCUAGCUGUUGGAAACCUGAAUGCUUUUAGACCCAAAUGGAAAAUUUCUGAAAUGCUGGAUUAUCUAUUUUUAAACAAGCAGUUGACUUAAAACUUAUUAUGGCAACUUCUGGAUUUCUGACAGUUCCCACUGGAAAAAUAAAAAACAAAAAAACCAACACAAAAACAUAAAACAAAAA